UGUAGGGUGUGACACUUACGGGUUCAUCAACACUAUUCAUGGCAGCGUAGAAAGCACAGCAGGGUGCUUGACAAGGUGCAAUAGCAUGGGUGAUAUGCAAAACGAUGGGACUUGUACGGGGAUAGGGUGUUGUAAGGUGGAUAUUCCUCCUCUUGCAAUGAAGAACAAUAACAUCAGCAUAGAGGCGAAUAGCUUCUCCAAUUUCAACACAUCAUGGGGAUUCAACAACUGCAGCUACUCCUUUAUAGCCAAAAAGGGUGGCUACAGAUUUUCAGUGAGUCAUUUGAUGAAGGGGGUAGCGUUAGAGGGGGUUCCCAUGGUUGUUGAUUGGAGCGUUGGGGAAUACGGUUGUGAAGUUUCCCGCAAGGACUUGUCUGGGUAUGUAUGCAGGGGUAAUAGCAGUUGCGAGGAUUCCAAGACUGGAUAUGGCUACCAAUGCACAUGUAACAAAGGCUUUGAGGGAAACCCCUACCAUCCCGAAGGUUGCCGAGAUGUUGAAGAAUGCAAGAACUAUAACACCCAUAACUGCAUUAGUGAAAAUCAUUGCCGUGAAACUGAAGGGUCAUUCGAGUGCUUUUGUCCUGCUGGGGAAUCUGGAGAUGGAAAAAGGGAAGGUAAAGGAUGCCAUCCAAGUGUUGUACGCACGAGGGUUGCAAUAACUGGUUUGGGCGUUGGACUUUUGAUUCUGAUUUUAGGAGCUUCUUGCAUAUGCCUGAUGUAUCGGAAAAGGAAACUAAUCCAAUUGAAAUACAAGUUCUUUGAACAAAACGGUGGUCUCGAUUUACAAGAAAAGCUUUUCCAUGCUAAAAUCUUCACUGCAGAGCAACUUAUGAAGGCCACCUGCAACUUUGAUGAGAGACUAAUCAUUGGUACAGGACAUAACAGUACGGUUUUCAAAGGAAUUUUGUCCAAUAAUAGGGUUGUUGCUAUCAAGAAGUUCAGGGAACUAGAUCAGAGCCUAAUCGAGGAAUUCGUUGAUAGGUUGGUCCUUCUAGAACAAAUCAGACACAAGAAUGUGGUCCCCAUAUUGGGUUGUUGUUUAGAGAGUGAAAUUCCUUUUCUGGUUUAUGAAUUUUGCGAUAAUGCUACCCUUUUUGACAACCUACACAAGGAAGACAAGAUCGAAUUAUCAUGGAAAAUUCGUCUACAGAUAGCAAUAGAGGUAGCUAGAGCUCUAGAGUAUUUGCACUCGAGUGUCGCAAUAAUACCAAUCAUCCACGCAAAUGUCACGAGUGCCAACAUUCUGCUUGAUGACACUAAUACUGCCAAAUUACUAUUUGAUUUUACUUCAAUGUAUCAAGUUGAUUAUUUGGACCCGGAGUAUUUUCACAUACGGCAAUUUACCGAGAAAAGUGAUGUGUAUAGUUUUGGGGUUGUUCUUGCAGAAUUGAUAAUAGGGGAUAAACCAAUUAAUGUUGAGAAUCCAAAAGGGGAAUUUCCCCUUCUUGCUAAGCAGUUCAUCUUAACUUUGGAAAAGAAUUGCCGGCUUGAUAUUCUUGAAACUGGCAUUGUGAAUAAAGAAAAUGAGGAGGAAAUCAUCCAAGUUGCUCUACUUGCAGCAAAGUGUUUGAGACUUCAUGCAAAAGAAAGGCCUAGCAUGGGAAUGGUUGCAGUGGAGUUGGAGAAUAUAAGAGAGAAGCAUCAAAUCAAACGCAAUUCAGACCUAAGUUUGACCAAGAGUCUUCACUUGUUUGAUGAUACAUUUGAGCAUGGCAAUAGUAGCACUAGCAGUGUCCAAAACAGUGGCUACGAAUCAUGUACCGAUUCAAUGUAAGAAGUAUCAAUCAAAAGUUUAUAGCAAUGAUUUCAUUGGA